CGACAACCCCUUUUACGAGUUUAUUGGGUAGCUGGGUGAACGGAAUCAGGUGCACCUUGUAUAAUUAGUACAGCUCAUCGGUUCUUUAAAAAAAUAUAUCCAAAACGUGGUCAAUGGCCCAACCCUCUUCAAUUCCCUAUUUAAUUCCCAUCACGCCUGCAUACUGGUUCCUAGAUAGUUAUAUUCGUUUUGCGAAUAUGGAAACAACCGCGUCUACAGCACAGCAUGCAUUUGGAGCGGGCCCUCGUGGGCCCAAUCCAGCCCAUGGACCUCAACCGGGCCCGGGCCCCCGACACCCAGGUCACCCUGGACCUUACGGAGUUCCACGUCCAGAGGACCAGCCCCCACACCAGCAACACCAGCAGCCCCAUCACCACAUCCAGCACAGCAGACCAUUCUUCUACAUACACCCUUCCCAGCCAUUCCCUUCCCAGCCAUUCCCUUCCCAGCCAUUCCCUUCCCAGCCAUUCCCUUCCCAGCCAUUCCCUUCCCAGCCAUUCCCUUCCCAGCCAUUCCCUUCCCAGCCAUUCCCUUCCCAGCUUUACCCCUCUGCUCUACCCUAUCAGUGGCCCAUGCCAUACAACCCUUACUGCGGCUUCCCUGGGAUGGGAGGUUAUGGUAUGAUGAUGCCGAGUCCCUUCCAGCCCAGUCCCUACAUGGAGCCUCCGGGUUACAUCCUACCCCACUCUCAGCUCCACCUGGCGGACUACAGGCGUAUGAUCAACCCCCACUACCACACUACCCACUACCCACAGACCAUGGCUUACCAUGCACGCAGGUUCCGCUACCAGCACAAUGCCCCAGCCACCAGCAGGGAGAUGAUCAACUCUGAGGUACAGACUGAGCCCACAUUAGGAGCAGCACGCUCUGACCCCAAACUCUCUAAUGCUGACUCGUCUAUGAAAAGUAAUGUCCAAACCAACUCUGAAUCUGGCAGCGACACCAGUUGCACAGCUGCCCAGUCACUAUCCCCAGCCUCUGCUGUGCAGGAGGUGAUGUCUAAAUCAGCAGCUUACGAGGAUGUUGUAUUGGCACCCACCCCCAACAACACUCCUAUUUCCACCAGGUCUGCUGCACCCCAGAAGGGCAGCUUUGUGUUCCAGACAGAGGUGGAGGAGUUGAGGCUGGAGUGCCGCAGCACGCCCACAGGGUUAAAUAUCCUCCACUCCCAUGAGACAUCUGAACUGUGCACCGCCCACAGUGUGUCUGCGACCGAUGAAGACUUGGUACAGCUCUGCUCUUCCUCCUCCCUCCACCACCACAAGGUCUCACAGGGCAGGAUGCUCCAUGGCCAGGAGGGGAUGGGUUUGGUUGGGGAGGAGGGGGAUCAGUGUCUCCAGCAAGCCUGCACGGAUAUACUUCUAAUGGAGGGAGCAUGCUCGAGUGGCAGACCAGAUAACUUCCUUGCUCUUGACGAUUGCAACGCAUUCAUGGCGAAAACACUGUCCGAACGACCAGGGAAUUCUGAAUCCGAUAUGGACUACAGAGUGGUGGUCCAAAGCCACACUGCAGAUGCUCCUCAAUUUACAAGUGAUGACGGAGAACUGAGUGGGAACGGCUCCAAGAGUGUCUAUUUUAAGAUCCUCCACCUGCCCUUUGACAUGGAGUACUUAGAAGAGCUGAGGAAGAUUGAGGCGUCUGUGUGGUCGGCGUCUCUGGCACCGUACGUCCCCUCAGCAGAGUUUAUGAUCCAGCAGGGCCUGAUGGAGCCACACAGGGAGGCACUGAGCCCUGUGGUCGUGGAGGAAGUCCCCAUGGUGGAGGAAGUCCCCAUGGUGGAGGAAGUCCCCAUGGUGGAGGAGGUCCCCACGGUUGAGGUCCCUGGGGCGGAGAAGGUCCCCAUAGCUGAGGUGGUCUCUCUAGUGGAGGGAGUCCCCAUUGCGGAGAGCCCUUCGAAUGAAAAUGUUUUAUUGGCAGAGAUGGUCCCCAAUGUGAUGGAGGUACCUGCAAUAUCCAGUCCUAACAAAACGGACAAUGCGCCCAAGUCUCCAGAGACCAGUCAAAAGAGGGGUGCGGUGAGUGACCUUGAUCAUCAGGAUACCUCCUUUGGGAGGUUACCCACGUACCGUCCCUCAACUAGCUGGCUGGGCGACUUUGGCAACGUCUACUAUCACAGCAAGAUGCCUUCUGAUGUUGAGGAGCAGCGCAAGAUCCUCAGAGGCAGCCCACUUAAGGUGUCUAGCCCCAAACGGAAACCAAACCAUGACCAAGAGCCUAAAGAUCCUCGUGUUUCAGUCACUACAACCGCUCCACUCAGGCUUAAGGGAGAGGGAUGCAGACCCGGAGACAAGGUUGACAGGAGGAGCCACUCUGAUCAAGAGUUCUGUGCUAACCGGACCUUCAAUGUGAACACGGUGACCCCUGGUGGCCACAAAAGGGAGCGCAUCUGUGCCAGAUGUUUGACGACAAAAUGCAGAGUGAACAAGAGACCUGGCAGUCCAGGACCAGGCCUGGAUGCUCUGAUUGUAAAACGACAAGGGGUCCCCAUUCCACCAUGGGAGGAAUAUAUCCUAGCCCAGACUUGUGCAGCCUGCAAAAGCCUUGCCCGGAGGCGGGUAACGAGGAAAGGUUCCGGUUCAGAUGUUCCCAGCGGACCACAAAACGAAGAGACGGAGGGUGAGACCUCUGAGAACAGUUCUUGUCGGGCAGGACCGGGGCCCAAACUGAGGGACCCCAGGAGGCCUCAGUCCUCCAUGAAGCGCCACUCUGAGAAGUGUCCCAUGGGUCCACACUCAAAACUGAGGGAGAAGAACUGUUCCUGUGAAGAGCCCCAUCGGCCCCCCGCUGCUGUGUUGGGGGGGCCGCGCCGCCAUCCCCAUGGCGAUGUCAUCAGGGAGCGAAAUGAGGAGAACCUUGGCGUGUGCGUCUCUGUCCCACUUCAGGACAAAUGGAGAAACCAGGACCAGGACCAAUGCUACCUCGCGGCACAGAAAUCUCAAGAGAAGUUGUGGAAAGCGGCUUUGUCCAACCCUGACAACACUGAAAGUAAUAUUAAGCUCGGACCCAGAGACUUGAUUAAACAGAAGAAACGCAUUUCUCAAUCACAAGGACUUCACAGAAAAGACACAAGAUGCUAAUUUUUUUCACGUGCACAUUGUAACAAGUGAAGUAAAUGCACUUUUAUUGUUAUCCUCUACACUUACGAAUUAACUCUUAAAGCUCACCAUGUAUGUACUCACUAUUUAUGAAAUGUACAAUAAACACUUGACUACA